CAAGCGGGUCCAAUCUGGCAACCCUGCUCGGGAUAACAAGAACACCGACCGGGAAAAGGAGCCAACAUCCAGUUUUUAAAGUCCCCAAACUCGCGGAUUUCCUGGCGAAAACGCAACCAGGAACGAAUUUAUUUAGGAGAAAAAGGUUGUUUGGUUUCUAGCUGGGAAUUUUUGUCCACUUUGUAACCCUCCUUUCUCCCGACGCUUCCUUUUGGAUCAUUAAAGUGCGCGAGCCGCUUUUCUUCUUCUUCUGCUUCACGGAUCCAGUGAUGUGGCUCAGGAGCUGCUGACAGAACUCCAGGAAUAACUCGAGAUAUUUCCAUAUUUCACAUUUUAAGCGUUUUUGUUUUGGAAUUUUUGUGCCUUAAGUCUCACUUUUACGCAUCGCUAAGUGGAAGAGAAAUAUUUUAUAAGGCCCAAACCCGGUGUUUGGUCGCUUUAACGGGAGUUAGCGAGCUGGCUAAGCUUGGAGCUAACACGGUGCUAAUUUAGCUUUGUGAUAAGUUUGUUUGUGGUAAUUUUUCUUUGACGAUAUUUAUAAACGCGACCAUGGUUUUUAGAGCACAGAUAAUAUAAAGGGUCUUGUUUUUAUUUUAUUUUCUGUUUUUGUUUGUUUGUUUGUUUGUUUAGCUAGUGAGUUAUGUAUUCCUCCUGAAGCGGUUAGUAACGGUAGCUAACUAGUUUAGCAUGAGCAGAAUGUCACUCUGGAGUGACUGAGGCCCUUUUCCCGAGUUUUUGGAUCCAUUUCUGAAAUCCGUUCAUGGAUUCGGUGCGUUUUUGGAUGGAUUGGAGGAGGACAACCUGCAACUGAAACCGCUUUACAAACUCACACUGCUGAUUUUUAGAUCUGAAUUCAUCUUCCUCAAACACUGGCUGAAAAUCCCACAUCAGUGCUGUAAAGAUGAUGUGCGAGGUGAUGCCCACCAUCAGCGAGGCGGAGGUGGGGAGUAAUGGAGGGGGGCGGGGCUCUGGGUCUCCUCUCCAAUCGGAUUCCGAAGGACAUUUCGAGUCUCUGAUGGUGUCCAUGCUGGAGGAGAGGGACAGGCUCCUGGACACGCUGAGGGAGACGCAGGAGAAUCUGGGUCUGACGCAGGGCAAACUGCACGAGGUCAGCCACGAACGAGACGCCCUGCAGAGGCAGCUCAACUCCGCCCUGCCUCAGGAGUUUGCAGCGCUGACUAAGGAGGUGAAUAUGUGCAGGGAACAGCUGCUAGAGAGAGAAGAAGAAAUUGCCGAGUUAAAGGCUGAGCGCAACAACACACGACUGCUCCUGGAGCAUUUGGAGUGUUUGGUGUCUCGUCACGAGCGCUCGCUCAGGAUGACGGUGGUGAAGCGUCAGGCUCAGAGUCCUGCUGGAGUCUCCAGUGAAGUGGAAGUUCUCAAAGCCUUAAAAUCCCUGUUUGAGCAUCAUAAAGCCCUGGAUGAGAAGGUGAGAGAGAGAUUGCGUGUUGCUCUGGAAAGGUGUAGCGCAUUGGAGGAGCAGUUAACAGCUUCUCAUAAAGAGAACACCUUACUGCGAGAGCAGAGCAAUCAGAAGAAAUUUCUCAUCGACAGCACAGCAGAGAUCAACCACAACUCUGAAAGCACACCCAGUACCAAUGGCAAGAGGUCCUCCGAUGGCUCUUUGGGUCCUGAUGAGGAGGUGGGAAAAGUGUCGGAGCUGCAGGAGGUGAUGGACAGACAGAGUAAAGAGCUGCUGCAGAUGAAGGAGCGCGUCGUUACCCUCAGCAGCAGAGUGAACGAGCUGGAGGAGGAUCUGGACACAGCCCGCAAAGACCUCAUCAAAUCGGAGGACGUGAACACUCGCCUCCAAAGGGACAUACGAGAGUCUCUUGCUCAGAAGGAUGACAUGGAGGAGAGGAUAACGACACUAGAGAAACGCUACCUGGCAGCUCAGAGAGAAGCAACGUCUGUUCACGACCUGAACGACAAACUCGAGAACGAACUCGCCAACAAGGAGUCGCUCUUCCGCCAGACGGAGGAGAAGAACAGGCAGCUGCAGGAACGACUCGAGCUCGCCGAGCAGAAACUCCAGCAGACCAUCCGCAAAGCCGAGACGCUUCCGGAGGUGGAGGCGGAGCUUGCUCAACGAGUCGCCGCCCUCAGCAAGGCUGAGGAAAGGCAUGGCAACGUGGAGGAGCGCCUGCGACAGAUGGAGGCUCAGCUGGAAGAGAAAAACCAGGAACUGCUCAGGGCUCGUCAGCGCGAGAAGAUGAACGAAGAGCACAACAAGCGUUUGUCUGAUACGGUGGAUAAACUUCUCUCGGAGUCCAAUGAGAGGCUUCAGCUGCAUCUAAAGGAGAGAAUGGCUGCGCUGGAGGACAAGAACGCCCUCAUCCAUGAGCUGGAGCACACAAAGAAACUGAUUGAAGAGUCUCAUCAUGAAAAGGAGCAGCUCCUGAUCCAGAUCGAGACGAUGCGAUCGGAGAACGAUCAAGAUCGCAGCAGGAGCAACUCGUUGCUACACCAGGGACGCUCUCACAUGGGCAGCACACCAGACUUCAGGUACCCAGUCUCUGCGUCCUCCAUGAUUGACAGCCAUUCUGACCAGUACAGCAGCUCGCUGGUGCUGAGACGGCCCCAGAAGGGGCGGGCUGCUGCUCUGCGAGAUGAGCCCUCCAAGGUGCAGACUCUGAACGAGCAGGAAUGGGAGCGCGUACAGCAGGCCAACGUCUUGGCCAAAGUGGCGUAUGCGUUUGAGAGUGACAUGGACGUGUCCGAUUUGGAGGAUGACCGAGAGACGAUUUUCAGUUCAGUGGACCUGCUGUCCCCUGCUGGACAGACAGAUGCACAAACGCUCGCGCUCAUGCUGCAAGAGCAGCUCGAUGCCAUCAACAACGAGAUUAGAAUGAUUCAGGAGGAGAAGGAGAACACGGCACUACGAGCCGAAGAGAUCGAGUCGAGAGUCGGGAGCGGUGAAAGUCUCGGCUCCCGGUUCCGCUCCAUGAGCUCGAUACCGCCCUCUUAUGGUUCCCCCCACCCUAGCUCAGCACUUUCUGGCUCCUCCCCUCCAGGUUCAGGUCACUCCACCCCUCGGCGAGUUCCCAACAGAGAUCUUGACCGCAUGGGGGUCAUGACGCUGCCUGCGCAAGAUGACAAAGCAUCGAUCACGUGCGAGACAUCUCCUCCGUCUACUCCUCGCUCAGCAAGGCUCAAUAAAGGAGGGCAUGCUGCCAGUCACGAAGACAUCCGAGACAUCCGAAGUAUUUCUGCAAUGCAGGACGGUCAGGGCAGUAACCCCAGCAGCAGUAACAGCAGUCAGGACUCCCUCAAUAAAACGGCGAAGAAGAAAAGCAUCAAGUCUUCCAUCGGCCGCUUCUUUGGCAAGAAGGAGAAAGGAAGGCUGAGUCUCCCAGGAAAAGACUCCUCCAGCCAAGGAGGCGCUCCAGAGGGAGAAGCUUCGCUGGAUUCAGUGGGCCUUGGCAAACUCGGAGGCCCUGGUGAAAAGAACAGGAAGCUGCAGAAGAAUCCCAAAACAGGGCAUGAAUUGCUGGAAGAAGCUCGUAGGCAGGGGCUUCCUUUCGCCCAGUGGGACGGACCGACUGUAGUCGUCUGGCUGGAGCUGUGGGUGGGAAUGCCAGCGUGGUACGUGGCAGCUUGCCGUGCCAACGUGAAGAGCGGAGCCAUCAUGUCUGCUCUAUCAGACACCGAGAUCCAAAGAGAGAUCGGCAUCAGUAACCCGCUGCACCGCCUCAAGCUCCGCCUCGCCAUCCAGGAAAUCAUGUCAUUAACCAGCCCUUCGGCUCCACCCACUUCCAGAACGUCCACGGGGAAUGUGUGGGUUACACAUGAGGAGAUGGAGAGCCUGGCAGCUACACCACCCACGGAGGACGACGAGGGCAGCUGGGCCCAGACUCUGGCUUACGGAGACAUGAACCACGAGUGGAUCGGGAACGAGUGGCUGCCCAGCCUGGGUUUGCCUCAGUACCGAAGUUACUUUAUGGAGUCUCUAGUGGACGCACGUAUGCUGGACCAUCUGACCAAGAAGGAUCUGCGUGGCCAGCUAAAGAUGGUGGACAGCUUCCACAGAAACAGUUUCCAGUGUGGUGUGAUGUGUCUGAGGAGGCUAAACUAUGACCGGAAAGAGCUCGAGAAAAGACGAGAGGAAUCCCAGAUGGAGACGAAAGAUGUUCUGGUGUGGAGUAACGAGCGUUUGAUUAAAUGGGUACAGCUUAUUGGGUUGAAGGACUAUGCACACAACCUGCAGGAGAGUGGGGUGCAUGGAGCGCUAGCGGCCCUGGAUGAAACAUUUGAUCACAACACACUCGCCCUGCUGCUGCAGAUCCCCACUCAGAACACACAGGCGCGAUCAGUUCUGGAGAGAGAGUACAAUAACCUGCUUGCUGUGGGAACAGAGCGGAAACUAGAGGAGGAUGAUGAUAAGAAUUUCCGGCGAGCUCCAUCCUGGAGAAAGAAGUUUCGGCCCAAAGAUGUCCGUGGCUUCAGCUCCGAUACGCUGCCCGCGAACUUCAGAGUGACCAAUAGCACAUCCACUUCACCUGCCAUUCAGCCAAAGAAACACCAGCUGGACGUUUAUGCUCAUUAUCUCUAUAGGUGAAGUCUCUGAAGACGAGGCGUCCCCUUCAGGCUGGGAGCGGAAUGCACAAGGACUCUAAGAUUUUGAAGGGCGACGUCUCUGCCGUCGAGGACACAUUUUAGAUUCACGGAUUAUUCUAUUUAUGGGACAUUUCAUUUAUUUAGUUACGUUUAUGCCUUUCUCCUCCCUCCUUUUUCAUAUCACGUUUAACUCUUUCAGGUGUAAUUGAAUGUAUUACAGAUCUGAAGUUUGUACAUUUUCUAUCUAAUCUAAUCAUGAUUUUUUUUAAAAAAUAAUCCUCAUUUCCUUAAUUGUCCAGAUCUUUGUUUUGUGAUGACGAAACCUGAGAUGAUAGCGAUUUUAUGACUGACAUGAUUUUAUUUCCUCCCCUCCUUUUGUUCUUUCGUUCUUCAAAUCCAUUUGGCUGUUGAUUUUACGAUGUAUUAUGUGAAUAUCAGAAUUGGUGCAUAUCUUGGAGCAUUUGUUCCACAGACUGUAUGGAACAUUUAUUAUUAUUAUUGUUGUUGUUGUUUGUUAUUAUUAUUAUUAUUAUUAUUCCCACCCCCCAGCCCUGAUUCCCUCCCCUCGUCUGUUUCCUCUUUCUCUUGUGUGAUACCAAAACAUGUGAUAAGCCAUAAACGGUAGCAACGACGAGGGCUACUUUCGGAUGCAUCUUUCAGCAGUCGCCUUUUCCAUAUGCUGAAUCUCUCCAUUCCUUUUCUCCUGCACAUGAGACACGCAUGAAGGACAUGUGUAUAGGUGUGCGCGUGCGUGUGUGCGCUUCUUCUCCGCUGGACCAACCUCACUGUGGCCUAAGCUCUAACUGCAGUGUCCGAAAAUGGCGCGACUUGACCCUUCGGCGAAACUCCUACGUCUGAUUUAAGCCUUACUUCCUCCCUCUGUUUGUAUUUAUUCUGCUUCACCUCGCGUGAUCACGGCCUUUUAAUCUUUUCACGCGUCAUAUCAAAUACAAAGGCUGGACUGUAUUAUAACUCUUAGGGUGUCCGAUUUUUGACCCAAACAAACACUUCAAGUUCGUACCCUACCUUUCUUUUGUCCUUUUGGUGGUUUUAAGUCUCUUAUGCACAAUUCCAAUCAUGUGGUGUUCUCUCCAUUGUUAAAAAUUUCUGAUCUCGUAACAGAAGUAUGCUGUACAGUCUGAGUACUUAUGAACUAUUUUUUAUCACAGUAUUAUUUAUUGCUUCCUUUCAAUAAAAAUACUGAUCCCUAUUUUCCACUGCCAAUAAAAAGACUAAGUCUUUGCUUUAAAAAAAA